ACACACACACACACAAACACACACACAAACUAACCCCAUAAGAGGAAUAUCCCUUUGUUUUUGUUGAGUGAAGGAAUAAUAGAAGCAUAGAAAUUCAAAAUGCGACAGAAUUUGUAUCUGCUUUUUGCAAUAUUGGUGAUUGCUCUGCCUGGGUUUGUUUACAUUGGUUACAAUUUCUCCUGGCUCAGUAAAGGUUUACAUAAUGUGCCGGAGUUCACCCCAAGUGUGGAAAACAAACCAGAAGUUAGUGCUGAUUUACGCUUUCCUGAGGGAAUUAAAUACAACCAGCCAGCUGUGAUUAGUAGCCGGACAGACGUUACCACACUGACCCCAUGGUUAGCUCCAAUCGUAUGGGAAGGAACGUUUGAUCUGUCGGUGAUUGACAGCAUUUACUCACAAAAGAAUAUCACCGUGGCAACCACAGUCUUCGCACUGGGGAAGUAUGUCCGUUUCCUGAAGGAAUUCCUGGAGUCAGCGGAGCAGCACUUCAUGGUUGGUUACCGUGUUCAUUAUUACCUGUUUACUGAUCGCCCGGAUGAGGUUCCUAUUGUAACGCUGCGGCCAGGUCGUCAGUUGACCAAGAUAAAAACACCAAGCUCAAACCGGUGGCAGGAAAUUUCACUGCGCAGGAUGGAGAUGAUUGAAAAGCUCAUUGAGGAACGUCUUGUCAAUGAAGCUGACUACAUCUUCAGCCUGGAUGUUGACUCUAAAUUCCGUGACCACUGGGGGGCGGAGACUUUGGCUGAUAUAAUUGCUGUUCUGCACCCUGGGUAUUUCGGAACCCCACGGACAGCAUUCCCAUAUGAGAGACGUCCCGAAUCUGUGGCCUUCAUCCCACCAGAAGAGGGAGACUACUACUAUGGAGGAGCCGUGAUCGGAGGACGCAUUGGCAAUGUACACAAGCUGACAAAGGCGUGUCGCAUACAGCUGGACAUUGACCGAGCCAAUAAGAUUGAAGCAGCAUGGCAGGAGGAGUCUCACCUGAACAAGUACUUCCUGUACAACAAACCCAUCAAAGUGCUCUCACCUGAGUACCUGUGGCAGGACGUGCAUCAGAAAACCAGCAACAUGAAAGUGAUACGCUUCUCACAGGUGAUCAAGAACUACGCUGAGGUUCGACCCAAUAAAUAACUAACACCAGCUCAGGAAGAAUUAAUUAAUUAAUUAGGUCAUCACACAACGACCCAAUCAAAUCACCUCUUAUGACUUUCCUGUUAACAUAAAUUAAUUAAACUGAUAAACCUUUACACAUUGAAUUAAGCUCUGCUUUGCUAACAUGCAUAUUUAUGUAUCCUAUUUUACUAAGUGUAAUUUAACCAAAGAAGACAAAUCUUUCUGAAAACUGUAAUAAAGAACAUAAAGAACAUCCUGAAAAGAUGAAAAGAUGCAGCUAACCCUAACUAUUAACUUCAUACUUCAGCAUACAGUUUAUUAAAGAAUUAGGCAAAAAUAAAAUCUGAAAUAUUUUGUAAAUGUUUAAUGUGUCUAUCUAAUUCAUACCCUUUUAUUAUAACGUUGUUUUAGGAAUGACUAGGAAUGCCCCCCCCCCCCCCCACGCACACAUACACACACUGUGGUGGCGUAGGAUUAGUUUAUUAUUUUUCUAUGAUUAUUUUGUGAAAGACAGAUAUUUAAUCAUUAAGAUUGACUCAAUUUGAUUUUUAACUCAAUGUGAUCAACUGUCGACGUAAACGCCUGUCCUCAUAUUUUUCUCAUGAAGAAAUUGUCCUUGUUUUUUGUUUUUUUUCUCUUGUUUUAGCCUUGGAUAUUAUCUCUAUGAUCUUGAGUGUGUCCUAAAAUUUAACUGUUUUUUUCAAUACAGAAUGACAACAUUGUGUGAAAUAAACAUCACCUACUUUAUUAUAAACAAA